AUGGGGAAGGAUGGUACCAUCAUGCGACUUGAACAGUCUGUCAAAGCACAAAAGCACCAGAGCUGUGACCAGGUCCUCAGUAUCUCCGUCGAGAAAGGCAACGAUAUCACCAUCCGUGGCGAGGAGUUCUCUCCAGAGAGCAUCCCCUUUGCCUCGGCUGCUUCCAGUCUCCGAGGCGAUAUCGGCCCGUUGCAGGACCUAGGCGCCCGCUUCGAUAGCGAGAUUUGCGGUCCCAUCUUGAGAUGCUGUAUCGAUCAAGUCACGGAUGAACAGGAUGCCUAA